CGCUAAACAUUAUCGAUAUACAUUUGAUGAGAUAUACUACACAUCGCCCCUUUUCAACUGUUAGUGAUCAGCAGGUUAUGAAUUUAAUUCUUGUUUUCCCUCAUGAAAGCGGUGAUAAAUUUGACCUUGAGGGAUGGAAGGAACAGCACCCAAGAUCACGAAAAACGUUUGCUCAGGACGGCAUCUUGAGGAUGAGUUGGAAUGUGAUGAUAAUCAGUCGGCGAGAUGCAGCACAUUUAAACACUUUGAAGAAAUGUUAGAUCAGUUUCAGCUAUGCAAAGUGAAAAUGGCUACAGUGUCUUUCAAAGCUGCGUAUAAGCACCUCCUGAACCUAAAUCCAUCUAGCUUCGUAAACCCAACUGAUUACGAGAAGGAGCUGGUGAAUCGAGGUAGAGAGAUGUGUUUGAGUCAAAGCCCCGGUCCUCCUUUUUUUGGUGCGGUUUUGCUAAACACUGAGCUGAUCGCAGAAAAGGAAGACUAUUUUUAUGCCAUCUUUACUAUUGUCUUUGGGGCUAUUGCACUCAGGCUGCAUGAGUAUAAAACAGCUAUAGACUUAUUUCAGCGCUGUGAUUCUCUUUUCACAGCUGAUGCCACGUCAGAUCCUGAAAACAAAACGCAAGCUAUCGAUAUCUUAACAGCAGUAGCCAAGACUAAUAUAGGCUGUGUCUAUCUGAUUACGAGAGUUAUGGACAAGGCUAAGGAUUAUCUAGAAUGUGCGCUGAAGAUUUUUAAAACAUUUGAAAAUAAAAACAAAAACAAAACGAACUUUGUAGAAAUAAACAUUGUUGCUAUACAAACCAACUUAAGUUUAGUUUACCAGUGGCAGAAAAACUACCCAGCUGCAGUGAAGUUGCAAGACCGUCUUCUUUUGAAAGCAAAAGACCUCAGUCUUCCCUUUCCUCUGGUAGCUGCCAUACAUUAUAAUCGAGCAGAGUUGCUUUUGGAGCUCAAAGAACCUGCCAAAGCACCUAAGGAGUUGGAGACUCUGGAUUCACUUUCUGAGAGGAUUAACAACGAAGAUGGGAUAUUCUCGAAAUUUAUAUUGUCUAAAAUAUGUUUGGUGUAUCAAAUGAUUGGAGAGGUGGUUCGUGCAAAGAGUAUAGCUGAGUGCUUGACUUUCCCUCCUCUUUUUCCCACAUCGUUAUCACCCCCACUCUCGCCUUCCCCAAAAUCGUCCUCUUCGGCAUCAGGUUCAGGGUCGUCAUCAUCAUCGUCACCAGUUUUAUCGUCGUCACCAUCAUCUUCAUCAUCAUCAUCAUCGUCAUCUAAAUUUUCUGCUUCGUCAGUUAUGUCUUCAUUUUCCCUUUUUCUUCCCGAUUUUGAAGCUUUCUUGGGACUCUAUGGAAAAUUCCGUUGGGACUUCUUGUUCGCAAUGAUAUUGAAUUUAGUCGAUUUUCUCUUGAAUGAGGAAAACAUAGACUUUGUAUCUUUCCUUGACGUUUUUGUACCAAGUUGCAGAGAAACGCUAGGGAAAAACCACCCCACAUAUGCAUCGUUUCUCUAUAGGCAAGGUGUUAGACUCUUUCAGAUGGAACGAAACUUGUCAUCAAAGAGCUGCUUUGAAGAAGCAUUAAGUAUUUUGACAAGUUAUGACUUCGAGUCAAAUCACCCGGAUUUAGCGCAAUGUAAAAUUGCUCUUGCAAGGCUAUUAUUGUGCGAGAACUUUCAAGAGGUUCCACAGUUGAAGUCGUGCCCUGAUCGUAGCUGGCGAGAAUAUUCUUAUGACGCAACAGAUAGUGUUGUGAGUCCUGAUAUUUCAUCAUUUAGAGAAAACAGUAACAAUUGGCACAACAACGAAGAACUAGAACAAAAUGAAAUUUCUGUUCAAGGGAACUGAAGAGACAAGCACGAUGAUCGUCUUGAAAAUACAUCCCAAAUGGAUAAGAACAGGGGAAUCAACAUCUCACAGAAGAUGCCAGAAACACAAAAUGCAGUCUGUGAUGGACGGAAUGACCCUCUUAGAGCUUCUUUUCAUGGAGGAGAUGUGGUUUCGGACAGCGGUAAAAACUCCGAUGCACUCGCCAGGAAUGGAGCAUGUGGCUUUGACAGAGGGUGGAAUACUCAAUUUGUUGCCUCUCCGAAACCACAAGGAGAUUCCCAUGAGAUUAAUUCGAAAGCAAAAGGAUUUCUUGGUUUAAAAGGUGGACGCCGAAGCAGUUUUUCGUCGGGCCACAAUUCACAAAGGGGUCCCAGUAAAGAUGACUUUGGAACCAAUCACAUCGGAAUAGAUCCCAGUUUUCUCGAACGCCAUUGUUAUGAGUACAAUGAAUCUGAUAAGCACUGGGAUUUUUGUGGCCCGUAUGAAGAUUUAGACGUGCCCUCAGGUAUCCACUCCGAGUACAACAGAUCUAGGCAUGUGCGUGAGGUGUGCAACCCUACUCCCCCAAGUUCAUUGACAUAUCCUGGAUGUCCUGAUGUUACAAAAUUUUCCGCAAGAGAUCAUUCUGCCUUCACUAGCACCACGAAAUCUCCUCCACAAACAUACUUAGGUCCCGAUGAGUAUCAGCCUCAAGAGUCAUCCCUUAACUUAGUCCUGAUGCCCAAAGCUGUUCCAGCGAAGACCUUACAACUGCCUCGAUCUUCAAGAUUCCUCGAGGAUGGACCUAAAGCAAAAUCUAGAUCAAAAUCUAAAGCGAAUUUCCCGUUGACAGUCAAAAAGUUUACCAAUGGUGAUGUACAAGCAAAAACUCCGCCAAAUAUCUCCACGGAUGUACAUGUGCUCGCCGAAAGGCCAACGUUCUCAUCGCAGUUUGAAAGAGAAGACGACGCCCCGAGAUUUUUUUCGGGCCGGGAUAGUGUAGAUGCUGGUCUGGGUCUGUUAAACAGUAAUUCAAACACAUCUGCUGACGAAUCGUUGGCUGCGCUCGAGCGACGUGUGGCAGAAGCUUGCUCGCUUGUCGAAAGAACGUUGAAAGAAAGACAAGAAAGAGAGGAAACGAUGAAAGAAACUGAGCAGAAAAGAAAAGAGGAGCGGACAAGGAAAGAAAAACAGGCACAUGAAAAAAAAGAAAGGGAAGCAAAGGAAGCAAGAGAAACGGAGCGCAGGAAUGAAAGAGUUGCAGGGAACGCGACGAGUGGUGGACGAGAAACACCUUCGCAAAACUCGGUUGGUGCUGAGGUUAGACAAUGGCUUUGUGAACAUUACCAGCGACUCUGCCGUGUCAAGUUCCCAUGCUGCGGAAGGUUCUUUCCUUGUCAUCGCUGCCACAACAACUCUGGGUGUCCAAAUGACAACUCCAAAGCAAGAGAGGCGUGUUAUGUCGAGUGCUCUAUUUGUAACCAUCAACAAGAGAUCAACCAGGACGCCCACACUUGUGCCGGAUGCAAAACAAAGUUCUCAGCAUAUUUCUGCUCUAUAUGUAAACACUUCACAGGCGAGGAUAAAGCUCCUUAUCACUGCACAAAAUGCGGUAUCUGCCGCAUCUACAAGGACCGCUCCUUCCACUGUGAUGUUUGUAACGUCUGUCUGGACAAAAGGCUUGAAGGCAGACAUUCUUGCCGAGAAAAUUCAGGACAUGAUGAGUGCUGCAUCUGUUUGGAGGAUGCUUUCAGCGGUUGUCAGAUCCUGCCAUGCUCACACAAGGUUCAUCGAGAGUGUGCUAUUGCUAUGAUACAGAACGGCGUUCGCAGCUGCCCCAUUUGCCGUUAUCCUUUGUACAGUCAAGAAAGGAAUGAAUGAGUGAAUAGCAAUCUCAAAUCUAAUGUUCAGAAUUUCAAGGGAAGACAAUUUUUUUCCACAUUGAGCUGUUUUUCAAAGUGCCCUCCGUGAUUGACGUAUUCACUCUUUAUCUUAGCCGCGAAUUUUACCGUUUGCUCCAAAGAACGAGUGGCUCCUAAUUUCUUCUUGCUGUCUGUUAUUGCGGGGAAGAGACGAGCACACAUGAACUCAACCUUUUAAUGUCUCUCUCCUCGUGGUUCCUCUCUCUACAUCUCAUGAUACUAUGGACUAGUGUCCAAUCUCCUAACACUGUCUUAUCCUUGAAUGAAAUGGUAAAUGUAACGAGCAUAAAGACAAAGAUCAUCAAUUUAGGAACCUCCCGAAAAAACAAAUUCUCAUUGUCAGUACCAGAGGAAAUUUAUAGAGAACAGUGUGGAUUGUUAGUGUAGCCACGAGAGUUAUUCAUUUAUCAGUUCUGUCGUUCGUCUUUGUUAAUUGUAAUUAGUAUAAAUAGUUCUCGUCUCGAUAGUUCAGUUCUGUAUAUAUUAGUUUGUAU